GGCACUACCAACAAAUUGGAUAAACAAGACGGCAAAGCUGUCACCCGCCACAAAUUAAUUACGAUUGUUUGCAUAGCUCUGAAUAUCAUUUAUGAGCUUUUUUUAUCAGACGGGGCCUCUACGAGAAAGUAACUGGAAAUCUGACACCUUUAAAUUGGAUGCAGAAUAUUCAAUAUUAAAAUGUUCCUUUUGUAUACUUUUUGCUAGACACUUCAAGGAGCAUGAACUUUGCCGACUUUUCUUUAACAUGAAAUUCGAUUAAUAGGCGUUAAAAAUGCAGCCCUGCAUUCCAAAAGAAGGGCAUCCUAAGUUGCUCUGCCCGUUAAGCGUUGCCACAUCCUUAUAUAAAAUUCACUGAAAAGGCUCUAGUGUAGCCCUGCUUGAUAAAAACUUCAAAAGCGUUUUCAUAACUGCGAGCCGUAUCAUAAUAGUGGGCCACUUCUAUUGUUUUCAUAAAUUUAUCAUUGAUUUAUAGACAGCCUCUUGUAUCAAAAGUUAUCCUGAAUAUAUACAUAUGAAAUAUUAUGAAUUACCCGUGAUUUCUAAGUAAUCAGCUUGUAAUGUGUUGUCCUGUCACAAUUUGAAAUUCAGUUAGGCAGAAGCCUACCAGCAGAGCUUUUAUUAAACGUCAACUGUCGAGUUUUGACAUUUUGCAAAUUCGUUUCAUUGAAGAUUUAAUUAGCAAAAGCGCAAUGUCGAUUCCAGAUGAUAUUUUGAAAGCUGAAAUGGUUUAUGCAGAUCCUUCAGAAUUGCCAAGCACUUUGUUUGCCGGUGUUGACCCAGCGGACAGCAGUGUGGAGCAGCUCUUCAAGAUGCCGCUGCCAUUUAAGGAGCCCAGCACCGAGGAGAAGACUGUAAUCAACAAUAAAAUCGAGGUUGUGUCGCCGGGGUAUGAUCUGAAGUACACCCUCGAGGGACAUACGCGUCAGACUACAGCGGUUCGCUUCUCUCCUGGUGGUGAGUGGUUAAGCAGUGCAUCGACUAAUGGCGUACUCAAUAUGUGGGACGUGGACACGGCUAAGCUGCACAAUACGAUGACAGGUCAUUCACUGGGCAUUAACGAUGUGGCCUGGUCGCCGGAUGGCAAAUUCAUAGUCAGCUGCAGCGACGACAAGACCAUCAAGAUGUGGGAUCCCCUCACUGGCCAGUGCCAAAAGUCAUUCAUAGGUCACAAUAGAUAUGUGUUCUCAUGCAGCGUCCAUCCGCAGUCGAAUCUGAUAGCCUCGACCAGCUUCGACUGCUCCGUACGGCUGUGGGACGUGCGCAACGGCAAGGCACUGAAUAUGAUCCUCGCCCACAUGGAUCCCAUUUCGUCUGUAGACUUUAAUCGUGACGGGUCGCUCUUUGUGACCGGCAGCUUCGAUGGGCUUGUUCGAAUUUGGGACACCAUCAGUUGCCAAGUGCUCAAGACGCUCAUCGACGAAGACAAUUCCCCGGUGGGCUAUGUGAAGUUUGCCCCGAAUGGCAGAUAUAUACUCGCCGCCUAUCUGAACAGUCAGAUAAAGCUGUGGAAUUUUCAGAAGCCGAAAUGCUUGCGCGUCUACAAGGGUCACAUGAAUCUCAAGUACUGCAUCUCCGUAAACUUUUCCGUUACGGCUGGCAUGUGGAUCGUAUCGGGCAGCGAAGAUGCUUCACUGUAUAUCUGGAGUCUGCAGAACAAGGAGCUUGCCCAGAAGCUGCCCGCGCACACAAAUGAGGUCAUUAGCACCGACUGCCAUCCCAAAUUGAAUCUGAUAGCAACGGGCGCUCUACAAAACUCGGACAAUCUCAAGAUCUGGCAGAGCAGCGAGACUGUAAUCGAAUUAAAUAAAUAAAGUAAUUUGUAUUUAAUUAGAACUUAA